UCCUAAUCAUCAUCAAAAUAAAAAAUUGGUUAAAGCCUAAGUUCGCUCUUUUGGAUGAGUGUCAAACCGUUCGUUACCUAAAAUACCAGGAUCUCCUCUUACGAUGGAUACUUCAUGUGGGACAGUCGUUACCAGGCCGUGACCUGACAUAUCGUGGGUGAUAUUACGCUUGCUGAUUGAAGAUUAGGGUCAGUGUCAAAAGUCUACGCACAAAUGGGAAAGUCGGUAACCCAGCUUACCUCAAACCCUCAGACCAUCCGAGCACGGACCCUCGUCGUCGAAGAGGAAAGGGGCUCGAUGAAGAGUUAUUGUUAUUUGCCGAAUAAUCCAUUGUUGUCAUUAUGCUUAAUAAAAGAGAGAAAAGCAAAGGAAAGAAACUGAAGAAAAAAAAUUGGGGGGACUUUUUACUUGGGACCUUUGAUGUUUGAGCGGCAACUUUUAACACAAAUUGCUGUUUCAAACAGCCCACUUUUACCUGAAGCUACAUCACGGGAAGGUACCAAAUGAUCGUCAUUUUCUAUUUAGAACUUCGC